CCUGUCUGUAUGGAGCUCCGCACGGCGUUGGGCCGGGUUGUGGCUGUCUAGCAGAAACAGUGAGAGAAGGGAAGGUGUUCAGAGGGAAAACGGCAAUGAUUAUUUUCCUCACCUGGUUUUUAACCUUUCUACGUAACCGGCUGAUGGUAGUCAGGGACAGUCCUUUUAGUGUCUCUGUGUGACAUAAUUCGUUUUUGUUGUUCCAUCAUCAGUAAAUAUGUCCAUCCUAAGCUGAGCUUGCUAGAGCUACUCUAGCUACAUGUUUUUGAUCUUGGUAGCCCUGUGUGCUUAGGUUCUCUAGCUCGUUGUCAUUAAUGCUGGUGAUCGUUUCGUUUCAAUUUGAGAAUAUGAAAACUAGUAUUCUUAUUCACAAAACUAGUUUUUUCAAAUGUAGAAAACAGAGCAACGGCCUUGCUAAAUAACUACUUUAAGCCUAGUUAGGCUAGCUAGCUAUACUUGGCCUACAUUACCUAAGGGAUCUUUGUCAUACUGCUGUACUGUAGUGGACGAUUUCGGAUUUACAUAUUUCAAAAAACAUCUGUUGAGGCCCCUCACACUAGCUAGUAUUUAGCUAGCUAGCUACCGUUGGCCACUUAGCUAAGCUACUAGCUAGCUACAAAGUGUUGUUUUGAGGCAAGUAUGGCUGAAGCCUGCCGUCCAGAGAUGUCUGGUCGACCCAGGACCACCUCCUUCGCGGAGAGCUGCAAGACGGUACAGCAGACCUCGACUGUUGGCAGCGUCAAAGUAGUCAGAGACAAGAAUGGCAGCAGGGUGACGACAGUUGUAGCAACCCCCGGCCAAGGUCCCGACCAGUCACAGGAGGUUAGCUACAGCGACACAGAGGUGAUCGGGAACGGCUCAUUCGGAGUUGUUUACCGGGCCAAACUGUGCGACUCUGGAGAGCAGGUGGCCAUCAAGAAGGUCUUGCAGGACAAGAGGUUCAAGAACCGGGAGCUCCAGAUUAUGAGGAAGUUGGACCACUGCAAUAUUGUCCGUCUGCGCUACUUCUUCUACUCCAGUGGAGACAAGAAGGAUGAGGUGUAUCUUAACCUGGUUCUGGACUAUGUUCCUGAGACGGUAUACAGAGAGUCCCGCAAGUACAGCCGAGCUAAGCAGACGCUGCCCACUCUCUACAUCAAGUUGUACAUGUACCAGUUGUUCCGGAGCCUGGCCUAUAUCCACUCCUAUGGGAUCUGUCACCGGGACAUCAAGCCUCAGAAUCUGCUGCUGGACCCUGACAGUGGAGUUCUCAAACUCUGUGACUUCGGCAGUGCUAAGCAGCUUGUUCGUGGAGAGCCAAAUGUGUCCUACAUCUGCUCCCGCUACUACCGAGCUCCGGAACUCAUCUUUGGAGCCACCGACUACACCUCCAGCAUAGAUGUAUGGUCAGCUGGCUGUGUUCUAGCAGAGUUGUUGCUAGGGCAACCCAUAUUUCCUGGUGACAGUGGAGUGGAUCAGUUGGUGGAAAUUAUCAAGGUUCUGGGGACCCCCAGCAGAGAGCAGAUCAGGGAGAUGAACCCCAACUACACAGAGUUCCGCUUCCCUCAGAUCACAGCUCAUCCCUGGACUAAGCCAUGUGUUAUUGGUCCUCAGGUGUUCCGGCCACGGACGCCGGUGGAAGCAAUUGGCCUGUGUUCCCGCCUGCUGGAGUACACGCCCACUUCCCGCCUCACGGCGCUUGAGGCCUGUGGCCACGCCUUCUUUGAUGAACUACGAGAUCCAAACCUCAAACUCCCUAAUGGACGAGACACGCCCCCUCUGUUCAACUUCUCUAUGCAGGAGCUGUCCAGUAAGCCCAUGCUUGCAUCUGUUCUGAUCCCCGCCCACGCCCGUUGUCAACCUGGAGACGCGUCUCCUAGCAACAGACACUCAGAUGCAAUUCACCCUCAGAACCCCAAUGCUGACCCCGCCUCCUCCUUCACCUGACUCCUCCCCCAGCCCCGCCUCCUCUGCAUCUGUCUGCCGUUCUCCCAGAGUUCUCAUUAAGUAUACAAACGUGUAUAUAUAUAUAUAUAUAUAUAUGUGUGUGUUUGUGUUUAUAUACAUGUAUUUGUUGUCAUUGCCUGUAUUAUAUGCGUGCAUGUGCGCGCACGUGUGUGUGUGGGGGGGCCAUGUCUGGGUGUAGGAUGGAAACACAGCUGUCUGCAGACCCACCACUACUACAACACUACUUGAAUGCCUUUUUGUGACUGAAUAUUUGUAUUUUAUUUUGUAAAAAAAAAGAAAAAAAGAAGAAAAAAAAGCUUUUAUUUCUAUUAAAGUAAAGAAUGCUCUGGA